AUGGUGCCAUCGCCCCUCGACAUCGACAGAUUAGCUUCACCACCAAGAGCAUCAUGCUCAUAUAACAGCGGAGCCCUCAGCGCCGCCCUAUCGCCGUUGCGGAACAACUUCGAGCUCAGCUGUCGGUCUCCUCUUACACCACGCAGACCCUCAAUCGAUGCGCAACAACAACACCACCGGGCCGGAGCUGCCCAGAAGCACUCGACUGCCGUUAAAUACUUGUCGCUGCCAAGUAGCUUUCCUCCACCAAACGUCGCCCUGGGCUCGGCCAGCACAUAUGAUGGGAAGUUCUCUGUCAGCGGGCCAGAUACAUCAAGUUCUACGGUCUUCUCGCGGUCAGAUCAACCAUGGACCCUGCCGCCCACAACGCCUGCUCUCCUGUUUGGAGAGCCCCGGGAUGAUGAAGGAAAGCUGGGCGUCAUGUCGGCCAUCAACAUCAUCGUCGGCAAGACGUUAGGGGUCGGUGCUUACACCAUUCCCUCUGCCAUUUUCGCUGGUGUCGGUUCCGUUGGAAUGACUUUGGCACUAUGGAUUAUAGGGGCCAUCAUAUCCUUCUGUGGCCUGGCAGUCUAUCUCGAGCUCGGCACGGCACUGCCCAAAAGCGGCGGGGAACGAGUUUACCUCGAGCGCAUCUUCCGCCACCCAUACAUGUUGGCGACGUGUAUGUUCAUGACAUACGUCGUCCUUCUAGGCUUCUCAGCGCCGAACGCUAUUGUACUGGGCGAGUAUGCUCUGUAUGCGUUCAAUAUCACGGGCAACAAAUGGAACGUCCGUGUCGUCGCAGUGUUGGCAGUGUCAGUCCUGUGCUACACACACGCACGACACCCUCGGACCGGCCUAAAGCUCAUCAACGUUCUGGGCAUGGGCAAGCUCGUCAUCCUAGCCAUCGUUAUCAUUUCCGGGGUCGCCGGCGGCCUGAUGGGUCUCGGAGCGCAGUCUGCAAGCAAUUUGAGCGCCCGAAGACUCGACCCAUUCUUCUCGGAUCAGAUGUUCACGAGCACGGCCCAGCGAAACUUCAGCAACAUCUGGGAGGGGUCGUCGAUGCAGCCUUAUAACUAUGCAACAGCCCUCCUCAAAGUCAUCUAUUGCUUCCGCGGCUAUAGUACUGCGAACCAGGUGCUCUCCGAGGUGAAGAAUCCCGUCCGCACCCUCAGGAUCGCCGCCCCUGUCGCACUGGGCAUCGUCUCAGUAGCGUACCUGGCCGUGAACGUCGCCUUCUUUCUGGUAGUGGACAAAGACGACUUCAAGGCCUCGGGCGUCAUCGUAGCGGGCAUCUUCUUCCGCAAUGUCUUCGGCGAGACCUUGGGGGCGCACGUCCUGCCCUUCUUCAUCAUCAUCUCAGCUGCUGGCAACAUCGCCGCCACGUCCUUUGCCCAAGCCCGCGUCAACGAGGAGCUUGCCAAGGACGGGCUGUUGCCGCUUAGUACCUUCUGGACCACGACAGAGGAGAAAUCCGACUGCAGGCCCUCCUCCAAGGGUGCUGCGUCCCCCUUCCCGUCUGCCAAGGCAGGGACGAAGACAACGCCCGUCCGCGGCCUCCUGCUGCACUGGUUCGUCACUGCGGCUGUGAUCGUCUUCCCACCCUCCGACAGCAUAUACAACUUCCUCGUCAACAUCGGCGGCUACCCGGUCAGCGUCGUCUCGGUCGCCAUCAGUGGCGGGCUGCUGCAUCUGCAGCUGAACCCUGCCCAGCGCUGGCGGUCGCCGUUCCCGGCCAGCCGCGUCGCCGUCUGCGUGUUUCUGUUCUUCAACAGUCUGCUUCUUGUCCUGCCUUGGAUCCCACCUGCGGAUGGUGCAGAUGGUAGUGGGGGCGAGGGCGAGGGUGGGUUUCCGUACUAUGCCUACCCGGUCACGGCGCUGGCGGUGCUGGGCAGCGGUGCCGUGUAUUGGGGUUGGUGGCGCGUUAGACAGGGGAAGAUGCUGGUUCGUUUGAGCAGGAUGGGGGAUCAUGUUGGUGGUAGAGAUAGGCAUAGGGAUAGGGGGGAUGCCAGUACUGCGGCGGAGGCGUGGGGGCUGCUGGGAGGGGAGUUAGAGGGUUGCGAUGAGCGGUAG